UUUCAACAAAUUCUGUGUACAGUCAAUCUGUUCUUUUGUUUCUUUAAACUGUCACUUAUUUUCCCAGCUAUUAAAAUGAAGAUCAUGCGUUUAUUCGACUCGAUGCGGGGCUCCAGUGCGGUGGGCGUUCGGCCCACUAUCCACCAAGGGCAGUACACUGCUGGAGAGACUACCGGAGGUCUGAGUGUGCUGUUCACUAUGCUGUGUAUUGUGGAUCUGUUCGGAGUGUUUCCAGUCGUCGCCCUGCCUAAGAGCGUUAUAGCUUGCGGAUUAUACGGUAUACCAUUAGUGAUAGCAGUAUUUUCUUUGCAACUGUACACGGCGGUGCUACUCGGCAAGAGUUGGUUGUUGGCGUACGAAUUGUCGCCCAAUAUACGAGAGAAAAGCAGAUUUCCAUACGCGGCGGUUGCGGAGCUAGCAUUCGGUGACAAUGCCCGAAGAUUGGUCACAUUCUUUAUCGACGCCACAGUUUUUGGCGCCGCUGUACCGAAUUUUAUUUUUGCAUCUCAGAGCCUGCAACUGUUCUGGUGGAAGAUAUCUGGAGGAAGCGUGGGCGUGACGUACUGCGUGUGGAUGGUGGUCAUCGGUCUACUGCUUUGCCCCAUCAUGUGGCUCGGCUCACCCAAGGAUAUGAAAUCAUUAGCGCUCACAUCUGUAUGUAUAGUGGGCACAGUGGCUGUAGCGACGUGGUAUUGCAUAUUGACGGAUGACGAGUCCCCGUCCAGUCUGGGAGGAGUGCUGGACUACACGCCUGAAAUCGGGGACUUUUUAACAGCAUAUGGGAUUAUAGCUUUUCAGUUCGACAUCCACCCGAUGCUACUAACACUGCAGGUGGAUAUGAAAGACAGUAGACGUAUAAACGCGGCCGUGCUCGCUGCAUUCCUUACUACGGGUCUGGUCUUUCUCAUCACCACGGUGUUAGCUGCUAACCGGUACGGGGAUAGCGUCGAGAGUAAUAUACUGCAGGGUAUUCCGCCAUCCAUCACGUUGUACAUUGUUGCUUUACUGGUCACUCUACAACUGUGCCUCUCGAGCGCUGUCGGAAACUCUGCCCUAUUUCAACAUUUAGAAGACUUGCUCAAAAUACCAAGAAAUUUUUGCAUACAACGAUGUCUGAUGCGUUCCAGUAUUGUCGCCUUGGCAGUGUUCUUAGGCGAGUCUGUGCCCAGAUUCGAUUUAGUAAUGGGUCUCGUCGGUUCCACUUUAACGGGUCCUCUAAUGUUUAUAUUCCCUCCUUUAUUCUUCCUCAAAUUAUGUUAUCUCAAAUCGAUAAAUAUAAAGCAAGAAUUCUCAAUGAGUUAUAAACCGAAAGUAUCUGUUUCUGAACGUAAUGCGAGUUUACAAGAUGGCGUCGAUCUGUCAAAAUUGCCGCUCGUUUCGAACGAAUCAUUGCCAAAUAAAUAUCAAACUUUUGGUAGUUAUGAAGAAAUAUACCGAGCGUAUAUUGAUGAAUAUAAUGUGAAAUGGUACGAUGUUUUAUUGGCGUUUUUAGUUAUGUUGUUAGGAAUGACAGCGACUGUUGUAGCGACAUAUUCAAGUUGGUCUGACGCGAUAUCGUCCGCCACUUUCUCCCCGCCGUGUUUGUUAAAUGCGUCCGCAGCCGCAAGAAGUUUCAUACAAGAUACUAGUUAAAUUUAAUUUAUAUACACCCGCGUAAGUAUAAAUGUGCAGUUUCACCGCGAAAUUUAAAUAUCAUGAUACUUCUAUCAUAUUUGCUAUCUCUGUUGUAUUUAAAGGGAUCUCAAUACUGUUAUAGUACUGUUAUAACGGCAGUCGUAUUCUACGGUUAAUUUGUAGUCAUUUAUCGUUGGUUUCUUAGAUCUAAAUCUCUUAAUAAAACAAUAUAGAGGUAAUAUUUA